UCAGCGGAUUUGAUCGCGUAAUACAUUCAAGAUGGCGGACUUUACGGUGUGAAUUUCACUUCUUUUGACAGCGGAAGAACUUCGUUAGAAUGGCAGAAUACGGAAAGGAUAGCAUUCAGGGAAUGUGUUUAGAUAUGUGCCCUGCAACUGAAAUUGCUGCUAGAGAAAACCAGAGGAGACUUCACUUCUUUGAAACUGUUGCUUUCACUAGUCCAUCUCAAGGUAGCGAACACCAUCUUGGUAAUUUGAUUGCAGAUCCCCGAGCAGUUAUCAAGGAAUUUUCGCGCUCAGCAGCGGGAAGAUCUAUUGAUUCAUCCGAACUACGACCAGCAAGUGUCCUUUUGAGCACCAUGAAUUACUUAAUCGAGGAAAUUGCCUCCAAAGAUGGUACCUAUUCUUGGCAAAUGAUAUACUGGUUCAUGUUUGACCGCGUAAGAGCCAUAAGGCAAGAUUUGGUGGUCCAGAGAAUCACUGGAAAGCCUGUGGUGGAAAUCUUUGAGAGAGCUUGCAGGUUCCACAUUUUAUCGGGUUACAGACUGUGCGAAAGUCCUCUUGAUGCGUUCGAUCCAAAAAUUAACAAUGAUCACACAAAUGAAUGUUUGAAGAGGCUUCUGUGCUUUUAUGAUGAGGAAGACUCUUCUGCUUAUCAAGGCACAAGACCAGAAUUUGAAGCUUACUACCUUUUGCACAAUCUCGGUUCUUUCGAAGCCUUAAAUCGUGCUGUGAAUUUGCCGGAAGAAGUCAAAAACAGCUGUUUAUUACGGCUAGCCUUUGACAUCACGACAUGUAUAAUGCUGAAGAACUUUGUUCGAUUCUUUAGGCUGGUGAAAAGGCUGCCAUUUCUAGCAUGCUGUGCCGUUCAUAAACACAUGCAGCAAGUGAGAGGAGAUGCUCUUGCUGCCAUCAACACCGCAUACUUCUGCCGCAAUGGAAGUCUCCCAUUGGCGCUACUUGUUGACAUGUUAAAUUUCGAUGACGCUCAAGAAGCUGGUGAAUUCUGUUCCCAUUUUGGUCUGGAAGUAUCAGUAACAUCUGUGAAACUUGUCAAAGGUAACUUGAGCAGUUUAAAAAGCAGCGAUGUUCCGCCACUCCGGGCAAGAGUUUCAAAUAUGAUCGAUACAAAACUGAACGUAACCACUCGUGAGUUACUGAUUGGAAAAUGUAAUGAAACUAAUGCACUUGUCAAAAACGCAGUUCCUGAGUUGGUUUCUCUGACGUCCGGGCCAGGAAUUUGCGUCAACAAAUGUGCAGCGAUUGUAGAACCUCGUCCAGUAGUUAAACCGGCGUUUAAUCCUAAAAAACAAAGCUACUUUGGUAGGGGAAGAGGACGAGGACGAGGAAAAAAACCUGUUCAUUAGCGCGGAUUUUUUUCCAUUGUGACAUUUUAACUUUGUGCAUUGCGUACAUUAUUCAACCGAAUUGGAACUCGCGCUGCAGUUGCACUGCCCUAGUCUGGUAACCAGACUUUCACGGCCAGUUACAGUUACAUGAUAGGAUCUGGGUACGAGUUUAGCUCUGUCCCUUAAUUUUACCGCUGUUGUGUACAAUACUAUUAUGACUGUGGCGUGCACAGCAAGUGCGACUGCAAAAAAAACCCGUGCCAAACGCAGCAGAUUGGCAGACGUUUGGUCAUUUGUGAACUGUGAAAAGUGAGUUUUCCGAUUUCAAAUGACAACUUUACUCGAAAAAGCGUUUAGAUUAUCUUCUAUUUUUGUAAAAGUUCUUUUUUAAACAGUUACCUUUUACAUUUUUGUCAUAUUUUAAUCCGUGAAGGAGAGUCGGGUAACUUAAAUAAGAGCAGCUUUUGAAAAAGUUCCGAAUUAAAGGAUUCGAAACAUUUAAUGUGCUGGCUGACCCUAAAACUGUUUACUGAGUCUCAUUUUUGUGUGUGUAUGGGUCUUCUUUUCUUUUUGUGUCAACGAAUAAUAGAAAAACUUGGCCCUCAAAAAUGGGAAUGAAGUGGUAGCGUUAUCGUGAGCGUAUCAGACAUGACACCGUUUCCCAUGCCUGUGGAUAAGUUCAGCUUCUCUCCAAAAGAAAAAAGUCUCUUUUUAAAAGCUUCGACCAUCGAGGAAAGAUAUAAAAAGGAGUGGGCGUACAGGAGAAUCAUCAUGCAACGUGUCCCAUUUAAUUUAUGGACUAGUAUGCUUUACAAGCGUUCUCGCACCAAGGAGGAGGAGGAGCACUUUCGCAUUAUGGCCGCGCGAAAGGUGGG